AAGAGAGAGAAGAGAGAAGAGAAAGAAGAGAGAAGAGAGAGAAGAAAGAGAGAGAAGAGAAGAGAAGAGAGAGAGAGAAAGAGAGAAGAAAGAGAAGAGAGAGAAGAGAGAAGAGAAAGAGAGAGAGAAGAAAGAGAGAAGAGAAGAGAGAGAAGGAGAAGAGAAGAGAAGAAGAGAAGAGAAGAGAGAGAGAGAGAGAGAGAAGAGAAGAAGAAGAGAGAAGAGAGAAAGAAGAGGAAGAGAGAGAGAAGAAGAAGAGAGAAGAAAGAAAGAAGAAAGAGAAGAAGAGAGAGAGAAGAGAAGAGAGAGAAGAAGAGAGAAAGAGAAGAGAGAGAAGAAGAAGAGAGAGAGAAAGAGAGAAGAAGAGAGAGAAGAGAGAAGAAAGAGAGAAGAAGAGAAAGAGAGAAGAGAGAAGAGAAGAGAAGAAGAGAAAGAAGAGAGAAGAGAAGAAGAGAGAAAGAGAAAGAAGAAGAGAGAAGAGAGAAGAAGAGAGAGAGAAGAAGAGAGAGAGAAGAAGAGAAGAGAAGAGAAAGAGAAGAGAAGAAGAGGAAGAGAAAGAAGAGGAGAGAAGAAGAGAAGAGAGAGAAGAGAGAAGAGAGAAGAGAGAGAAGAGAGAGAGAAGAGAGAAGAAGAGAGAAGAGAGAGAGAGAGAGAAGAGAGAAGAAGAGAAGAGGAGAAGAAGAGGAGAGAAAAGAAGAGAAGAAGAAGAGAGAAGAAGAGAAGAGGAAAGAGAGAAGAGAGAGAAGAGAGAAGAGAGAAAGAAGAGAGAGAAGAGAAGAGAAGAAAGAGAAGAAGAGAGAGAGAGAAAGAAGAAGAGAGAAGAGAAAGAGAGAGAAAGAAGAUGAGAGAGAGAAGAGAGAAGAGAGAGAGAAAAGGAGAGAAAGAGAAGAGAAGAAGAGAGAGAGAGAGAAAGAGAGAAGAAGAAAGAAGAGAGAAGAAGAGAAAGAGAAGAAGAAAGAGAGAAGAAGGAAAGAAGAGAGAGAAGAGAGAAAGAGAGAAGAGAAAGAGAGAAGAGAAGAGAGAAGAAAGAGAAGAGAGAAGAAGAGAGAGAGAAAGAGAGAGAGAAGAAGAAGAGAAGAAGAGAAAGAGAGAGAAGAGAGAAGAGAGAGAGAAGAAGAGAGAGAGAGAGAAGAGAGAGAAGAAGAGAGAAGAGAAGAAGAAGAGAGAAGAGAGAGAAGAGAAGAGAAGAGAAGAAAGAGAGAGAAGAGGAGAGAAGAAAAGAAGAGAGAGAAGAGAGAAGAGAAGAGAGAAGAAGAGAGAGAAAGAAGAGAGAAGAGGAAGAGAGAAGAAAGAGAGAGAGAAAGAGAAGAGAAGAAGAGAAGAGAAGAGAGAAGAAGAGAGAGAAGAGAGAAAGAGAGAAGAGAAGAAAGAAGAGAGAAAGAAGAAGAGAAAGAGAGAGAAGAGAAGAGAGAAGAAGAGAAGAGAAGAGAGAGAGAAAGAGAAGAGAAGAGAGAGAGAAGAGAA